AUGGUUUGCUUAACGGUGAACGGUGAUAUUCGUUGGAAACUGUAUCUUGAAUAUGUUCCGGAAAUGAGACCUGUUGGUGCAUCGAAUAUUGUUAGUGAUCAAAAUGGUGCAUUAUAUUACACUGUUUCUUGGGCUGGGGACGGAAUUUUUUCUGCUAAAAUAUGUCGUGUAUCCUAUGCUCUCACAUCUCAUCCUUAUCAAGAAUGUGUGACAAAUACUAAGCUCUAUAUGAACAUACAAUCAGCGUUAGCCAUUAAUGAAAAAUUUAACCUAUUGAUUACUGCUGUUGCUGACGGUACGUUUGAAUCAGUACCUGCUGCUAUCAAUAAAACAUCGCUAGAGAUUAUGUGGAUAAAUCGAGAAAACUUUGGUGCCGGUAUGAACGGACAUUACAAAGUGGAUUCAGGAACAGGUAACAUGUUUUGGAUUGGUGGUGAUGAUAACCUAUUGAAGUUUGACGCGGGUGGUAAUAAAAUGCUGAGUGGGGACACCGAAUCAGGAGCUGGUAGACAAAUGGCGUUAGACAUUGAUAGAGAGACAAUUGUCCGACCGUGGCAAAAUAUGACUGAUAUCCAUUGGCCACUUAUUGUAUCAUCCUGGAGUGUUUCCAAAACGUUUACACUUCGUUGGAACUGGUACCCUCCAAAAUCCAUUUCUGGCAAUAGUGACAUUAGUCAACCGGUGAUGGAUGAAAAAGGUACAACCUAUUUAGCGAGUCUGCCUCUAGUGUUUGCUAUUAAUUCCGAUGGAAAAACGAUGUGGACCACAGAAAUUGCCACUGGAAAAGAAAUAGAUAGUUUUGAUUUGAUUUCAUGGUGUUCAGCUGCAAAUGAACAACAACGUGUCAUGUAUACUGUCAGUGGAUCUGCCACGUUUCAUAAAGGAGACUUCCGAUAUUUUAUUACAUCUGUACACAUGGAUACGGGAAAAGUAUUGAAACAAAUAAAUGUCAAUGGUUUAGAUGCCGGUAAAGCAACACCAUCAUGUCCUAUUUUAAUUGGUGAUGAUAUGUUGUACUUUUUCUGGCUAACGGGCGAAUAUCCAGAUUUAGUUCCAUUGAAAAUUGUUGGAAUGCCACAAAUUAAAGUUUAG